CGCAGCCAGAUUACUCCCUGCAACGCAUCUAUGCAGGCCACUGUUACAUGACGUCAUAUUCCUGCUAUUCGCUUUGUAUACACAAACAUGGACCGCGAUAUCAGCCCACCGCCUGCGAAGCGGCGAAAGUUCGCAGCGCAACGAGCAUCUCGUAUACAAACAUCGCCAUUGCCCGCACCCGAAGCGCUCCCCCCAAUUGAUUCAAAUGUCUUGCGCAUCUUCUCGUGGAACAUCAACGGUAUCGCACCGUUUUUGCAGAAGCCAAUAACGUCCUUCUUCCAGACAUCGAACAAAAAAGCUCAGGGCGCAAAGGAUGCUAUACCCCCCGCAUCUCUCCGAGGGUUCCUGCAGCGACACGGUUGGCCAGCUAUGUUGUUUCUGCAGGAAGUCAAGGUCGCGACUAAGGACACAAAGACGCAAAAUGAUGUCAAAGCUGCUGUGAAGUCGAGAUCGCCUUCAGAAAUGACGUCGGGUCACAAUGGACCUACGUACGAAGCCCACUUCACAUUACCUAAUGACCCGUAUAAUGCACGCGGUCUGCGAGGGAACGGCAAGGUGUACGGCGUGUGCAGCAUACUUCGCAGUGACCUUCGGAAAGACUUCGAUGUCAACAUCCGAACAGUAGACUGGGACCAAGAAGGCCGCAUUUCCGUUGUCGAAGUUACAUCAACAUCAAGAAAAAUGGCAAUCUAUAACAUAUACGCUGUGAAUGGUACCGAAAAUCCCUACCGUGACCCAACAACAGGCGCUAUACGAGGCACCCGACACGACCGGAAGCUGGAGUUCCAUCGACUGUUGAUGCAAGAAUGCAUGGAUCUUGAAAAGGCAGGCUGGGAAGUGCUUUUGGCAGGCGAUAUGAACGUCGCGCCAGAUGCUCGUGACGGCUAUCCCAAACUACGCACAUUUCCUCAGCAGCAUAUUGUUAAUCGUGCUGAUUUCCACGAGAAGCUCCUAGAAGGCAAAGGCCUGAAUGGCGUUGAUGUGUGGAGGCAGAUGCAUGCGGAAGAAAAGAGAUAUACGUAUUUCUCGCGAGGAAGAGAGUGGGGUACGAGCUGUGACAGAGUGGACUACUUCAUUGCAGGGAGAAAAGCUUGGGACGAUGGACACAUCAAGGCUUGCGGCAUCCUAGACAGCGAAGCAGAGCGAGGUCCAAGCGACCAUGUUCCUAUCUGGGCGGAUGUUGAGCUCGAGCGGAAUGACAAAGUCGAAAUAGGGGCUUGAAGGACAAAUCAAACCGUGGCUUCUUCAAUUAUAAAUCACUGCGUCCCCGCCAACUCACAAUGACUAAGUACUUCGCCUGCGCCAAGUACUGCUUAGGAUACAGAACUUGACCCUAUUCGCCGAGCUGCUUUCCGCCGCGUACGAUCUCGAACUGCGGCAAGUCGCCAUGCUUCCCCUGCCAUGCAUGACGAUGCAACGCGAAGGAUUCGCAUUCUGGCUCUGGUAUCCUCGGGAAUAUCCCCAUCUUUACGAUGAUCAUAGUCGGGUAGAUCUCAGCAAUACUCAGGAGGGGGCUGCGUAACCAUUAGUAUCACAUUGUUCGCCCUAAUGCUCUUCUCCACUCCUCAUAUACUCAGAGCCAUGAAUUGGAAGGAACUCACUUCCCACAAGUCCCACAGAAGCACCUCUCAACACAUUUCCCACUUGCCGUG